AUGGCGGCGGUUGAAGAUGGUGGAGUCGCGUUCCAAGUUACCAAUCACACCGUGAACACUGACUCAACAUCUGAGGGCAACUUGUCCUGGGCAGAGACAGCGGACGUUGUGGCAGCCAAGUUCAAGUCCCAGAUGAGCACCAGCCUCACCAAUGCCAUCACAAAUGCUCAGAACAACUUGAUGAAAGCUCUAGCAAACCAACACCGCCUGUACCUCCCCGCAAAGGGACAUUUCCUCAUGAAAGACCCCGUUUUCAACAGCUUAGGCGACCUUCUGGUUGGACUGACCUACAACGGGUAA